ACGCCUAAUAUUUACACACGUUGCGGUAUCAUAUAAAAUGAGACAGUUAAAUAUAAGUAUAAAUUACGAAUGACGACUUGGUAUUUAUCCAUUUUGUUAAAGACUCUGGAACGAUGAAGGUGGCAGCGGCUCUUUUUACCAUUUUGCAAAUUGUUAAUGCGGUUCCCACGAUAGCAGAGCACGAUACUGCUCCCGCUAGCGACGCGCAGACUGGGGACGAUCUUCAUCAAGAAAUUGCAGAAGCUGUUCUUGGUGCUUCUCAAGAACAUGAUAGCGCUAAACAAACCGACACAAAUGUAAAAACCGUAAAGUUAGGUGGACCAAUUUUGGAUGAUCUAAUUUAUCAGGUUUCUGCAGCAACGGGAAACCAAGAGAAAAGAGUUUCAAAACACCUCGAUUCAUUUCAUGAUACAUUAGAAAAGGUGACUGAUUUAUCAUCUGUGGGGAAUGUAAUUAAACAGUUUGGAAAUACUGUUAAAGAAGAUAUUUCUAAAUCGAAAGGAAUACUUUUAGACAAAGCGAAAGCUAUCGAAAAAGGUGUCUCGGUAGCCAAAGAUCUUCUACGAGAUAAAACCGAAGAAGUCGUUAAAGGCAUUUCUGAGGCAAAAUAUCUUUUAAGUAAGAAAGGUGAAGAAACCUUAAAACAUAUUAUUAAUUUAGGGACUGGUAUUAAGGGAAAAAUUCAAGAUAUUCUAAAAAAUAUUGCUACAUCACAUGAGGUUGCAAAAGAAAAAUUCAAUGUUAUAGUGAAAAACUUUACCGAUGCUCUAUGCAAUAUUAAAUUACCACAAAUAGAUUUUUCUACAACAUUAGCAUUAGCAGCUGAAGCAGUCACAGUGGGUAUUUCAUUUAUUGCUUUUCUGGGAUCAGUGAUAGAGAAAGAAAUUCUGUCAAAGACACACAAUGAUGGCUCGUUAAAAAAUCAUCUUGAAUCUGUUCUUGAUUCUAUUUCAAAAGGUACCUUAAAAUUUGGUGGCAGCGAUGAUAAUAAUUCCGAAAAAUCAGAAACAUCACAAGUCGAUGUACAGAGCAUUGAUGUAGGAAAAUCUAAUACAGUAAAUAGAGAUGAAGAAAAAGCUAAUUCUGGCGACGACGUCGAAGAUAAUGACGAUGAUGACACAUCUGCAAGUUAUGAAGAUGGUUCUGAAGAAGUGAAAACCAUUACAGUUGAAUCAUCAAAAUCGGCUCCUGUUCAAACAAAUCAGGCAAACACUGAACAAAAAAGUUAUGAAGCAAUACAUCCUUUGCAACAACGAAACAGUGUAAAAGUAUUUCAGACCGGAUCGGAACAUCCUCACGUGAAUGUUGACCGAGAGGCCAAACAUUACAGAAAUUAUAAAAACAUUGGUUCGCAGUUCCUAUCCAAUGAGCCUUUUGCUUAUGCUCAUAGUGGAAGUAACGUAAAAGCUGGAGGUUAUGGUGGUAGUGGAUUUGUAGGGCACGGUCCUUUAACUCCUGUUCAAUUGAAUUCGGGUGAUAAUUCAGGAAUAAUACAUACCAAGCCAGAAACAGGUGUUCAUGCGUUUGCUUAUGCAUAAUCCACAAACACAGGUUCAGUAGAAUGAAAAUGGUAAACAGUAAGUUAAAUUUAACACUAAAAUAUAUUUCGAAAAAUCAAAUCUGAAUGAAAUAAAUAUAGUUUUUGCCAUUAA